AUGCAGAAAGUUGUCUUGAAGCCUUUAAAUGGUGCUUCGAAACCAAAUUCAAAUGCUAAUAAGGAUAACCGAAAUGAACAGUCAAUUUCUACAUCGACAUCACUUCCCAUUUGUGGGCAAUCUGCAGAGGCUGUCACUCAAUGGAGGCCAUUAAAGCUUGUUUACAAUCAUGAUAUAAGACUUGCCCAGCUGCAAGACAAUGAUGGAGACUUAGUCACUAUAACAUGUACGGCUGAACUUAGGAUGGUGGAGUCGUCUGUUGACAACCUUUUUCCAGAAGAUCCUGACACAAAUAAAGGAGACUCCAUUGUUAUGUUGAGAUUACAUGUUGUAGAGGUGAUUCCUGAACAAGAGCCGCCUUUAUUGGAGGAGGAUGAAGAGAGGCCUCUUGAGAGUGAUGGGACUAAAUUAGAUGAGAGCGUUUCACAAUCUUCACUGGGUGAUUCUAUGCUGGAUACUGUAGACAGUCUUUUCUGUUCCCAUCUCGUGAUUGAUUCUGAUGCUCAUAUUGAUCUGCAUGAGUUUGGAAUGGAACUAUGUUCUGCAGCCUUUGAGGAAACUGUGACAAGCGAAGAUGCCCAAAACCUUUUGGACAAGGCUUCCCUGAAGUUUCAGGAGGUGGCUACUCUGGCUUUUUUCAACCGAGGAAACAUCCAUAUGAAACAGAUUCCCAAAGAUGAAAUGGCUUCAUUUGCAUUAAUGGCCACACAGUUUCAUACUGCCUACGACUGGGAAAAGCUGGAGAAGCAGAGAUCUAACAAGUUAAAAGAUCCAAGCAUGAACAAGAACAAGAAGGAGGAAUUGUUGAAAAGAAAGCAGGUCGCGAAGUGGAGCAAAAAGCGAUUAGUGGAAAUUUCAGCUGAGGAAGCAACUGAGCAAGCUGCAGCAAUGAGAUCUCAAAUCCAUCUAUUCUGGGUAACAUGCUUUUUGAGAGAUCUCAAGUUGAAAGUAAAUUGGGCUUGCCUGGUUGGAAGGAAAAACUGGAUGCAGCCGUGGAACGAUUCAAACUCGCUAGAGCCUCUGAAGCUGAUGUUUUGA